AUGCACAAAGGAGACCUUCUUAAACACCAACGAAUUCACACAGGGGAGCGUCCUUAUUCCUGUUCGGAGUGCGGGAAAAGUUUUACCGAAAAAGGCACACUUGUUACCCAUCAGCGAAUUCACACGCGUGAGUAUCCUUUCUCGUGUUCAGAGUGCGGAAAGUGUUUCGCUGUUAAAGGAAAGCUGAGAAUUCACACGGGCGAGCGCCCUUAUUCGUGUUCAGAGUGCGGGAAAUGUUUUGCCGAGAAGGGAAAACUUCUGGCGCACCAGAGAAGUCACACGGACGAGCGCCCUUUUGCAUGCUCAGAGUGCGGGAAAGGCUUCGCCGAGAAAAGAGCGCUGCUGAUACACCAGAGAAUUCACACCGGCGAAUACCCUUUCUCCUGUUCAGAGUGUGGGAAAAGGUUCACUCAGAAAGCGCACCUUCUCAGACACCAAAAAAGUCACAAGGGCGAGCGUCCCUUUUCCUGUGCGGAUUGCGGUAAAUGUUUUACUCACAAAGGAAACUUAAUUACACACCAGAGGAUUCACACGGGUGAAUUCCCUUUCUCCUGUCCAGAGUGCGGGAAAUGUUUCACUCAGAAAGUGCACCUCCUUAAACACCAGAGAAUGCACACGGGCGAGCGUCCUUUCUCCUGUUCGGAGUGUGGGAAAUGUUUUGCCGAGAAAGGAAAACUUAUUACACACCAACGAAGGCACACGGGCGAGCGUCCUUUUUCAUGCUCGGAGUGCGGGAAGAGUUUCACUGAGAAAAGCGCUCUCAUUUUACACCAGAGGCGGCACACGGGCGAACGCCCGUUUUCGUGUUCGGGAUGUCCCGUGUCUCCUACCCUCCCCUCCGUUCCCUGUAAUAGAAGAGGUAUUAUACUCCCCUCUCCGGUGUCCCGUGUCUCCUACCUCCCCUCAGUUCCCUGUUCUCCUCCUACCUUUCCCAACGCUCCUUCAGCAUCACCUACAACACUGCCACCUCCCCCUCUCUGUCGGGGUCCCGCAAGGCUCUGUCCUCGGUGCGGGAAAAGUUUUACUCAGAAAGCAGACCUUCUUAAACACCAGAGAAUUCACACAGGAGAACGACCUUUCUCGUGUUCGGAGUGUGGGAAAUGUUUCACCAACAAAGGAGACCUCCAUAAACAUCUGAAAAUUCACACGGGCGAGCGUGUUUUACCCCCCCCCCCCCCUUCAUGA